GUGGAAGAGAAAGAUGCUGGCGAGUACACCUGUGAGGCUGCCGGCCAGAAACUGACCUUCAGGAUUAACGUCACGGAACCAAAACCUGUAUUUAUAAACCUGGAGAAGGUCGAGAAGGAGGUGCAUGCUGUCCUCACCGAAAAGGCCACCCUCAGCUGCGAGGUAGCAGAGGAUGCAACUGACGUGAAGUGGUACAAGGAUGGAAAACUGCUUGCUUCCUCUAAAAAUUUUAAAAUUGAGUCUCUGGGUAAAACUCGACACCUGCAUAUAGAGCAUUUGGAUAAGAAAGAUGCUGGAGAAUACACCUGUGAGGCUGCGGGUGAGAAGCUGACCUUCAAGAUUGUACCCACUGCUCCUAGAGUGGUGAAAUUUGUCACAAGUCUCAACAACACAGUUUCUGAAGAAGGAAAAGAGGCCGUGUUCAAGUGUACCGUCUCUCCCAGUGAUGCUGUGGUUACGUGGCACAGGAACGGCGCCAAGAUUGAGGCCAGCAAGAAGUAUGUGAUCUCGCAGAAGGAUGCCAACCACAGCCUCACAAUCACUGACCUGACAAUGGAAGAUGCAGCUGAAAUCUCUGCCGUAGCUGAGGGUGUAGAAAGCAGUGCCAAGCUGAGGGUCCGAGAGGCCCCAGUUUCAUUCAAGAAGAAACUGGAGCCCAAAACGGUUGAAGAAAGAGACACAGUAACCCUGGAGGUUGAGCUGACCAAACCUGCAGAAGUGAAAUGGAUGAGAAACAAAAUUGAGUUGAAGCCCAGUGAGAAAAUAGAGAUCAAAGACGAGGGAACGAAGCACAUCCUCGUGAUAAAGAACAUCUCCUUUGCAGAAAGGGGCUUCUACUGCUGUGAGAGUCCUGAUGACAAGACGCAAGCCAAGAUCAAUGUAGAAAUGAGGAAGAUCACGCUGGUGAAAGGCCUUCAGCCCGUCGAGGUCUGUGAGAAAGGGACGGCCACCUUUGAGGUGGAGGUGUCGCACGAAGGCGUGGAAGGAAUCUGGCAGAGAGAUGGAGUUCGGCUGAAGCCUUCCCCGAAUGUCCGGAUUGACGUGGUGGGGAAGAAACAUUUGCUGACCCUGUCCUCUCUGACCCUCGAAGACGCAGGGCUCAUCUCCUUCAAGGCGAAUGGCACUCAUUCCUCAGGGACACUUGAUGUGACAGAAUUGCCUGUGAGAAUCAGCAAGCCUUUGUCAAACAUGACUAUAACUCAGAAGGACAAAGUCACAUUUGAGUGUGAGCUGUCCAGGCCCAAUGUGGAUGUUAAGUGGUUCAAGGAUGGGAAGCAGCUUCAGCAAAAUAAAAACAUAAAGAUUGUUUCCCAGGGAACUAUGAGAAGCCUUACUAUUCAGAAGUGUGAAUACGAAGACCAGGGAACAUAUGUAUGUGAAGCAGCUAGCGACAAGACAUCAGCUACCCUAAAGGUUCACG